CGUCAGAUUUGGAGCCAGUUCCGUUCCUGCUCGAACCAGCCUCGUGCUACUUGGUACAGGAGUCACGCUGUGGUCACAGCUGCAAAUCUUGAUUGGUCGCCGUGAGCCACGUUUACGGAUGAAAAAUCAUGGCAGGUCGCUCUCAUGGCGUUUCCUUGCGGUCUCGGUUUCUUGCAGCCUGAAAUGUGCUGCCGGAACCUUCCUUGCUUGUGACUUCGCGAGACUAAUGGAGCGAUCAGUUUGUGUGGUGUGAGUGUGACAAGCGUGCAGGGCGGUUGCGCCAUGGCUGCUAAAGCUUUGCUGCUGCUCGUGGUGGCUGUGGGCGUCGGCGCGGGAGUGGAGGCCGCCGGCGCCGUGGAGUUCGCGUACGACGGCUUCGGCGGAGCGGACCUGGCGCUUGACGGCAUGGCGACCGUCACGCCUGCCGGGCUGCUGCUGCUCACCAACGACACCAACAUGUCCAAGGCCCACGCGUUCCGCCCGGACCCCGUGACGUUUCGUCGGCCGGCGGGGGCAGGCGGCGCCGCUACGAUGUCGUCCUUCUCGACCACGUUCGUGUUCGCCAUCGUGUCGGAGUUCCUCGACCUGAGCACGAGCGGGUUCGCGUUCCUGGUCGCGCCGUCCACGGACCUGUCCACGGCGAUGCCGCAGCAGUACCUCGGCUUGUUCAACGGCACAGACAACGGCGACGCGCGCAACCGCGUCUUCGCCGUCGAGUUCGACACCGUGCGCAACCCGGAGUUCGCGGACAUCAACAACAACCACGUCGGCGUAGACGUCAACAGCCUCAACUCGUCCGCGGCCGAGCCGGCCGGGUACUACGACGACGGCACCGGCACGUUCCGGAACCUGAGCCUGAUAAGCCGGGAACCCAUGCAGGUGUGGGUGGAUUACGACGCCGCGACGACGGAGGUCACCGUGGCCAUGGCGCCGGUGCGGUCGCCCAGGCCCAAGAGGCCGCUCCUGUCCACGAGGAUCGACCUCUCCAAGGUAAUCGCCGACACGGCGUACGUCGGCUUCUCGUCGGCCUCCAGCAUCGUGCUGGUCAAGCACUACGUGCUCGGCUGGAGCUUCAGCCUCGGCGGCGCUGCGCCGGCGCUCGACUACGCCAAGCUGCCGAAGCUGCCCCGCAUCGGCCCCAAGCCCCGGUCCAAGGCGCUCACCAUCGCUCUGCCGAUAGCCACCACGGCGGCCGUCCUCGCGGCGGUCGCCAUCGGUUUCUUGCUCCUGCGGCGGCGGCUCAGGUAUGCCGAGCUGCGCGAAGAUUGGGAGCUCGAGUUCGGGCCACACCGGUUCGCGUACAAGGACUUGUACGACGCCACUGGUGGCUUCAAGGACAAAAGGCUGCUCGGCGCCGGAGGAUUUGGAAGGGUGUACAAGGGCGUGCUCCCGGGGUCCGGGACCGCGGUUGCCGUGAAGAGAGUGUCCCACGAGUCAAGGCAAGGGAUGAAGGAGUUCGUCGCCGAGGUUGUCAGUAUUGGCCGCCUCCGGCACCGCAACCUCGUGCAGUUGCUCGGCUACUGCCGGCGCAAAGGAGAGCUCUUGCUGGUCUACGAUUACAUACCAAAUGGUAGCCUCGACAAGUACCUACACUGCCGUGACGACAAGCCCGUCUUGGAUUGGGCUCAGAGGCUCCACAUCAUCAAAGGUGUCGCCGCCGGACUGCUCUACAUGCACGAGGACUGGGAGAAGGUGGUCAUCCACCGGGACAUCAAAGCGAGCAAUGUGCUUGUCGACGGUGAGAUGAAUGGCCGGCUGGGUGACUUCGGCCUUGCAAGGUUGUACGACCAUGGCGCCGACCCGCAGACCACGCACGUGGUUGGCACAAUGGGUUACCUCGCCCCGGAGCUGGUGCGCACCGGCAAGGCGACGACUCUCUCGGACGUGUUUGCAUUCGGCGCGUUCCUCCUGGAGGUCGCGUGCGGCCGGAGGCCCAUCGAGGAGGACGACGUGGACGGCAACGCCGCCGUCGAUGAGGACCACUUCGUGCUCGUGGACUGGGUGCUUGGGCACUGGCGCAAUGGCUCCAUCACUAGCGUGGUGGACGCCAAGCUCGGCUCGGAUUACGACGCCGUCGAGGCGGACCUGGUGCUGCGGCUAGGGCUGGCGUGCCUGCACCCGUCGCCCGCGGCACGGCCGAGCAUGCGGCAGGUCACGCAGUACCUCGACGGCAGUGCGCCGUUGCCGGAGCUGCCCGCGACGUACGUGACGUUCAGCACGCUCGCGGGAACGGAGACCUACCAGCCUCUCUUUUUUGACUCGUGGUCCGUCCGGCGGUCGACGGCGGCGAUGAGCGUCGCCACCAUGUCUGACAUCGGUCUCUCCGGUGGCAGAUGACAUGAACAAGUAGGUGUUCUCCGUAGGAGGCUGCGAUAUAGGCAUCAAAUUAGCGAUUGGGGAGAGAUGCUAAUUGUGAUGUCCCACAAAUUUUUUUGCCAAACCCGUACCAUGUUUUGAUCGGAAAAGCUUAUCUAGGAUUUGUUGGAGUGGUGAACUGAAUGAACAAUGGUUUUUGUAA